AUGGAGAGCUUUACUCUCGUCAUAUUUUAUCUUGGCAUCCUAGUGGUGCCUGGUUUCCUAUUCUCUUCCCUCCGACGCUUGCUAGGAUGGUCCACAAAAACCUCCGUAGAUGGCAAGACAUCCAAGUCUCCUGCCAGAUUCCCUGGUCCCAAGCAAUACCCAGUCGUCGGCCGUGUACAUGACUUGCCCAGAUUUGCCAUGUGGCUCAAGCUCAAGGAAUGGGCAGAUGAGUUCGGGCCAAUCUAUCAAACCAGCAUGCUUGGCCAGAAGUUCGUAAUCAUUUCUGACGAAGGAAUGGCUCAAGAUCUCCUCAUCAAAGAUGGCAACAAAUUCGCCGGAAGACCCCAGAUCAGGGCGCUCAUUGAUCAUAAGUUGGGUCCGGCAUACUCUGCUUUGAUGGACCGCCAUGACACUUGGAAACAUCAAAGAAAAUGGGUCCAUGCGGCUAUGGCGGCUGCUCAUCAGCAUCACUUCUAUGGUCAUAUCGAGAACGAGGUCAAGCGGUGGCUGGUGACCCUCCUUGUCGACCCAGAGAAAUUUCACGGCAACACUCGCGAGCUGACAGGGCGCAUCAUCAGUCGCCUUGCUUGGGAUGACUCCACACAAGGACGGGCCUAUGGCGAGAGUGCCAUUGAGACCUUGACAAGGAUGUCCAUCUCUGGCCCCAUUGUCAACACCAUGACACCACUAUGGCACAUUGCAGACCUCGUUCGAUACAAUCCUUGGCGCAAGUACGAAGUGAACCGCGAGAAGAACCAGCGUGCUUGGUGGUUGAAAACAUUCAGGCUCUCCAAGGCAAGAUAUCUGAGAGGAGACUUGCCAUCAGACACAUGGACCUACCGGUACUUCGAGCAGCUACAGAAGAGUGGAAAUGAGACUCUUAAGCAGACUGAAAAGGCUGAAGACUUCGCAGCCUGCAUGCUUGGCUUCCAGUGUCUUGUUGGAGUGGUCACUAUUUCUGGGCCUAUGCAAUUCUUCUUGAUGUGCAUGGCGCUUCAUCCCGAGUGGUUAAAGAAAUGCCAAGAGGAAAUUGACAGGGCCUGUGGCGAUAGGAUGCCAACUCGUGACGACUUCGCCGAACUUCCAACCGUAAGGGCUUGUUUGAAAGAGACCCUCCGGUGGAGGUCUGGGGUGCCUCUUGGGGUUCCCCAUCAAUGCGAGCAGGAUUCUGAAUUCCGCGGCGUGAGAAUCGAGAAAGGAACAAUUAUCCUUGCAUGCGAGUGGAACAUCAACCGUGUCCCGGAAAAGUACCCCGACCCAGAACAUUACCGCCCGGAUCGCUACCUAGACCCCAGCUUUCCCACGUAUCAGGAGCCUCUCAGCCGGUACCCGAACUUCCGCGAUGGUGUCGGCAUGCAUACGUUUGGGUGGGGUCGUCGAACAUGCCUGGGCCAGAACCUAGUAGAUGACGAGAUGUUCGUCGCUGGAGCAGGCGUAUGCUGGGCCUUUGACAUGAGCCUCAAGAAAUGCCCCUCCACUGGCGAGGACGUGACGUUUGAUACGCAGGCGACGAACUCCAACGUCAUUCUGGAGCCUCUGCCGUUCCCAAUGCAGUUCAAGAUCAGAAGCCCUGAGCGAGCUAAAGAGGUGUUUGAGGGGUACAAUGCCGUCAGGGAUGCUCUGAAGGUUUGA